UGUGCGCGUUCCGCAGGGCUGUUUGACAGGCGGUCUGGACACGGAAGGAAUAGACAGGUCGUCUCACCGCGACACGCUGGCUGCAUCAUACCGGCUUUGACCCAAAUAGAUGACAGCGGUGUAUGGAAAGGAUAGUCUCCCGCCUGCCGUGUUCAACAUAAUUUGGUUUGCUUCAAGGACCAUAUUCCGCCUUCUUCUCUCCUUGUAAAUAAACGUGUGGCAGCAUCCAAUGAAUGCUUUAUUGAACUGGACCAAGAUUGGUUUGUAACGGGAUUGAGAAACUCACUGACAGAGGACAGACGCAUGGACGUUAAGGUUCAGCCAAAGAUUACCGAAUAUGCGGUAAUGGAUUGUAUUCAACUCUCCUUUGGAUGUCUCUCUCAUGACUCCUAUUUGAGAUGGCGAGCCACAACCUCCUUCACAGACCGUCACGGUAAAUGGCUGGCCACACAAAGGCACAAGAGUCUCAACUCGGAGAGUGAAUAAAAGCUUCUUCCAUCUGUGCGGCGGGGGAAAGGGCCUCUGUGGAGCCGCGGAGGCGUCAGCCGGAGGUCGAUAACAGGAAAGAAAGCAGUACUGCUGCAGUGAUCGUCUUUCAGUCUCAGCCACUCACCUUUCCUGCCAUGGCCCUACCGUCAGCUCUCUGUCCUCCUGAUGCUCUCUCAGAGGGAACGUAGAGAGAUACACACUAGAGACACACUCUCCAGCACCACACACACACACACACCCCUUCAUGGGGACAGACCUCAUGCAGAGAUACCAUACACACACACUCCGGAGCACAAGAGACCUUUGUUGUGUGUGUUUUUUUACCUUGUAGGCAAUUAUUUUUCCCCAACCAGAAUUAGAAUUUUUGUGACUCUCUGUCCUGUGUGAUUGGACCUCUCAGUAGCUUAAGGGGAGUGCUGUCUUGCUCUGCUGCUUUAUGGUUGGGUGUCCCUGGGACGUUGUGACUGAGCAGGGGGAGCCAGCAUGGCCAGGCCUCUGCUGAAAAUCCAACGCUACUUCCGCAGGAAACCUGUGCGCUUCUUCUCCUUCAUCCUCCUCUACCUGACAGCUGGGAGCCUGGUAUUCCUGCACUCUGGCUUCGUAGGGGACAGCUCCACGGGGGCAAAUGGGGGCCGGGACCCCCUGGUGGCAUCUGGGAUAGGGAACAGGGCGGCCUCCUCAGACGGCCGGGGGGUAGGAAUGAAAGGGAGGGUGUUCAAAGAGACGCGCAGACCCACCCCGCGGAGGUACGGCCCUCCCUGGACGAAAGGGGCUGCUGGGAAGGACAGCCAUGACAGGGAGGGCCGAGGAAUAGACUACACCAGCACCUGGAACCGCGCCCUCAAGGGACGCAACGCCAAAGAUUUGGACGAUGGACGGGCAAAGUACAUUGGCUGCUAUAUUGAUGACACAGCGAAAAGAGCACUUAGGGGAGUGUCCUUUUUUGACUACAAGAAAAUGACGGUCUUCCGUUGCCAGGACAACUGUGCUGAAAGGGGCUACCUGUAUUCAGGCCUAGAGUUUGGGGCGGAGUGCUACUGUGGCCACAAGAUCCAGGCUCCCAACGCCUCUGAGAGUGAAUGCAACAUGGAGUGUAAGGGCGACAAGGGCAACCUGUGUGGAGGGGCCAAUCGCCUGUCCAUCUACAGACUGGAGCUGAGCCAGGAGUCAGCACGCCGCUAUGGGAGCGCCAUCUUUAAGGGGUGCUUCCACAGGCCUGACAACGUCACCCUGGCCCUGCCCAUCAGCGCAGUCAUCCAGAACAUGUCAGUGGAGAAGUGUGUGGAUAUGUGCACAGAGAAGGAGCUGUCCCUAGCAGUCCUGGCUGGAGACAGGUGUCUCUGUGGGUUCCCCACCCCCCACUUCUCCCUCCAUGAGAUGGAGGAUGAGGACAUGUGCCUGCAUCGCUGCCAUGGCGAGGAGUUUGAGAGCUGUGGGAAUGACAAGUACUUUGUGGUGUACCAGACACAGGUCCAAGAUAACCGCUGCAUGGACCGGCGCUUCCUGCCCACGCGUUCCAAGCAGCUGAUGGCUCUGGCCAGCUUCCCCGGGGCUGGCAACACCUGGGCCCGCCACCUCAUAGAGCUGGCCACCGGCUUCUACACAGGCAGCUACUACUUUGAUGGCUCCCUCUACAACAAAGGCUUCAAAGGUGAGCGAGACCAUUGGCGGAGUGGUAGGACCAUCUGCAUUAAAACACAUGAGAGUGGCAAGAAGGAGAUUGAAGCCUUUGACGCCAGCAUCGUCAUGAUCCGCAACCCUUACAAAGCCCUCAUGGCUGAGUUCAACCGCAAGUACGGCGGCCAUAUUGGAUUCGCCUCGCAGGCCCACUGGAGAGGGAAAGAGUGGCCUGAGUUUGUGAAGAACUAUUCUCCUUGGUGGGCGUCCCACACACUGGACUGGCUGCGUUAUGGGAGGAACGUCCAUGUGGUCCACUUUGAGGAGCUGAAGAGGGAUCUGUUCUCCAAGCUCAAGGACAUGGUCCUGUUUCUGGGCCUGGAGGUGGCCGAGAACCGCCUGCUCUGUGUAGAGGGACAGAAGGACGGCAACUUCAAGCGCUCCGGCCUGCGUAAACUGGAUUAUGACCCGUACACACCUGAGAUGCGCACUAGCAUUGACGAACUGGUCAUGACUGUAGACGCUUCCCUAAAGAAGAGGAACAUGGCCGGGGUGCCGAAGGAGUACCGACCGACUCCGAGAUAAUAUGAUCCCCUCUCCUUUCCCUCUCUUUCUCACUCUGUUCCUCUAUCCCUUCCCUUCCCACACAUCAUUCUAGGAUUAAUUAAUGGCAUCCAUGUCCAAAUGGCGUCCAAAUAUUAUUUCAGAAAUUCUUUGGGGCAGAAAAGUCACAUGAACUGAAAAUCUAUGUAUAGGAAAUACCUUUUUUAUUUAAUAUACUUCUCUGUUCCCCUCCACUUCUCUGUCUCCUUUCUCACAUCCCUUUUCUUUAUUUGUUUGACUGACAGACACACAACCGUAUUGAUUAUGACAACAGCAUCAUACUGUAUACUGCUUUAAAAAGGACAUUUAGCUACUUGGCUGAUGAACAUACAUUCAGCACAGCACUCUGCAUAUUGAUUUUGAUUUGAUCUUUGACAUUAGGAAACUCAAAUACAGACCAAUGAAAAGCACUUCUCCCUCUAUGCACGUGUGUGCGUUAUGAUUUAACAUGAAGGUACAGUAACUGUGUUGGAAGCACAUCCAAGUACAUACUGGUUGGAUUACUGUCAGCCGACCACAAAAAGCAAAUUCCUGUUCAUCGGAGUGAUGAAAAAGCACUGUAAGAAGUCUAUUCAUAUGCAUAAUGUACGUUAUCGAAUAGGAUCUUCUGCUAUCACAGAUUAGGAGAACAAAUAAUAUUUUUUGAAAUGGUUUGAAAUGUCACAAAACCUUGUAAUGAUCUGUCAUUUUCAACUAAAUGUUUUGUUUUGUUAGAGAGAUGAAAAAUGUAUACCUCCACUUGCUGAAUACUGUAUGUUUGAGAGCUACUGGACUUAAAAUGAGAAGGUGGUCAAAACCGUACCAUUGGACUUUGAUUUGGUUGGCGAAAACACCAGAGUCCAUCUAAGAGGUAAUGAAUGGGACUGAACACUCGUCUCUCCAUCCACCCCUGCGGACCCACCAUGAGGACAGAUCUUCACUCUUCUCCUCAUGCUUCAGCAGUAUUCCUAUGAGAAGAGGUAAUACAGCACUAUCAUACAGCUGCUCUGGUUCUCUGAAGCAGUGGCCUCACUUAAAACUGUGCUGUAUCAGUCCUACUGAGUCAUUACAUCUGUACAUCACAUCUGUCCUUUUGGUUACUGGCAACAGCUCUGGAACAUUAAAUAAUAAACCCUCCACAGUUUAUUUGGACCAUCAGGCUCUAUGGAACGCUCCUGGCUCUUGUCAAGACAGCCCUUUCAAUAAGUAGCCUUGACUCAUCGACUGCUUGUUCAUCCUUGGUCUCCUCAGAGGUGGUCAGCCAGCCACACUGCGCAUAAUACAUUUAUUGUGGAUUUAUUGAACGUAGUUUUCUGUAAACAGCGCUAUUUUGAAACUACCACUUCUGCCAAAUGUCUCUGCAGAACCAGUUGCUUUCCUUAUAAUGGUGGUUUGAAGCAACAUUUAUUGUGGUGACUUUUCUGUCAGCUGACUGUUGGCUUUAAGUUGAAAUGUAGGGAAAAUACAAUUGUUAGUAAUAUCAAAUAUUAUUGUUAAUGUGAAUAUAUUAUUGAUGAUAUUUGAUAUUAAACUGUCCGCAUAAUGCAUCACCAGACACACUAAUGUCGAGGGUGUUCUAGCUUAUGAAAACAAAAUACCAAGGAUGUUGUUAUGUAUUUAUUGCAAGUACUGUGUCAGUGCAAUACACUGAUAGAAUGUUUGAGAACAUAUACAGAUUUCCAUUUGGCUCAUAGAUCUCAAUACAGGCUGGGAAGAGGCAGGGUUUACAAUCAAUAAUAGUAUGCCACCUCACUGUGUGGCUGAGGCAUGUUAGUUCAAUACUGUUGAGUUAUCAAGCAUACCCAGAUAGUUUAACACUUCAAAUUAUAACUUUGCCUGCCUAUAAUGACUCAAACACACCAAAAUCAAUCAAAAUGAAUAUUGUGUCUGUUUGAUUGACUUCAUAAUUAAGAGAAAAUGAAGGUUGCUUAUUUAAAUAUUUGUGUUCACUUAUUUAACUUGAAUAUGAUCCAAAAAGUGUUUCACUGUAAGAUUCAUACAGCUGUAGAAUGUAGCUGAACGCUUACUACCCCAAAGGCCCAAAAGGCAUUUAUAUACGAUUUUGAUCAUUUUUGUUGAAGGUGAGUAAUACUGAAAGUGACACACCCCAUUUUCUAGAUUGCUUUGGUAUCGCAGAACAAGCUAUAUAAUAGUCCCAGCCAUAGGUACUGUGCAACAGAGCAUAGAAAGCUAAAAUACUUCAAAAUAAUCUGUAAGUGAAGCAUUCGAUUUUGUACACCCACCACAUUAUGUUGACUGAUGUACAAUGUGCACAUGUCUCUAUUGGACACAUGUAGAAAGAGAGCAAUGAAAGAAAAAAUUCCUUCCAAAAUAUACACAUAUAUUUUUAUAGUACGUGCAACAAAAUUAAAAAUAUAUUUAUAAUGCAACAAGUAAAUGGGAGAGAUCACUUCUAUUUUUGACAUAGGACCUUAACUUUGAGUGUUUUUUGCUUUCAUUGACAGGCUAGCACUAUCUGAAAAGGGGUGUCACAUUUGAAUGUAUUUUGUAUGGAAUGAAUGUAAUGUGAUUAUACCCAAUAAAUAAGGUAAUAGAAUGGAAGUAAUGGACUGUGAUUCCAAAUAAACAUGCAAUCUGAAAUAAAUGUUGUAUGACAGUAAAAGUACA